AUGGACACUAGUGCGUCGUCGUCUCGCUUUGCGGCGGCAGCCGCGGUGGUGGCGGCGCUGCAGCUACUGCUUCUGCCGGCGUUGUCGUCGGCCGGCGGCGACGCCUGGCAGCAGUGGCAGGAGGCACACGCCACGUUCUACGGCGACGAAAGCGGCGCCGACACCAUGCAGGGCGCGUGCGGCUACGGCGAUCUGUUCCAGCAGGGGUACGGGCUGGAGACGACGGCGCUAAGCGUGGCGCUCUUCAACGAGGGCUGGUCGUGCGGCGGCUGCUACGAGAUACGGUGCCAGGGCAGCACGUUCUGCGCCCCCGGCGGCGCGCCGGUGACGGUGACGGCGACGAACCUGUGCCCGGCGAACUACUCGAAGCCGAACGAGAACUGGUGCAACCCGCCGCUGCGGCACUUCGACCUGUCCAAGCCCAUGUUCCUGCGCCUCGUCACCGACUUCCACGUCGGGAUCAUCCCCGUGCAGUACCGCCGCGUGGCGUGCGCCAAGCGCGGCGGCGUGCGGUUCGAGAUGAAGGGCAACCGGUGGUGGGUCGCCGUGCUCGUGUUCAACGUCGCCGGGGCUGGGGACGUCAAGGCCGUCGCCGCGAAGGGGUCACGGGACGGCGGGCAGUGGAUCGACAUGGCGCGCAGCUGGGGACAGGUCUGGACGAACGGGGAUGGACGGAGCGUCGGGGAGGGCCUCUCGUUCCGCGUCGUCGCCAGCGACGGACGCGCCGUCGUGCUCGACGACGCCGUGCCGUCCGGGUGGGCCUUCGGCCAGAGCUUCGAGGGCAGGGGCCAGUUCUGA